AUGCUUCUAAUUACGUUGGGAAUCUGCUGUGGUCUAGGUAUUGCAGCCGCAGCUAUCGCGGUACCUAUACAAGUUAUAAACAGCCGAAGUAGUAAUUCCGAUGCAUCGGCAACAAUAGUUGCGAAAGAUUUUAUAUGGAAAAUAUUUUCUGUUGAUGAUUUACAUCACAAACAGCUAUCGCGAUUAUUUGUAGGCUCACCGACAGUUUUACCAGCAACAUCAACAUCAACAACAACAACAACAACGUCAGUAAUGGGAACAUCGGUCAUAUCAGCAAUGACGACAGGAACGACAUCAACUAAAACGACAGAAACAACAUCGACUACAUCAACUACCUCUACUACAACGACAGAUACAACAUCGACCACCUCCACUACAACGACGGAAACAACGUCUGCUACAUCAACAACCUCUACAACAUCGACAGAAACAACAUCGACUACAUCAACUACCUCUACUAUAACGACGGAAACAACAUCGACUACCUCUACUACAACGACAGAAACAACGUCCACUACAUCAACUACUUCCACUACAACAACGGAAACAACAUCGACUACAUCAACUACCUCUACUAAAACGACAGAUACAACAUCAACAACCUCUACAACAUCGACGACAACGACAGAAACAACAUCAACCACCUCGACCACAUCCACUACAACGACAGAAACAACGUCCACUACAUCAAC